CCCGAAGUCCGAGCCGCACCAGCCAAUAGACACGCGACGAAGACUACAUAAACAUUUAUUCCCAAUUGAAAGUACACAGCCUUGCGCGAAGAGAAAUAGAAUCAAUUCCCUUCACAUCACAGCACUUACUCACCUCCACCCAUCCCAGACCAAACUGUCCCAAAAUGUCACUCCAACCGCGCAACCUCUUCUCCCACCUCCCACCCCCCGCUGAAUGCCUUGCCCUCUUCAUCGCAACCCUCGAAAUCCUCCCUUUUGGCCUCCUCGGCCUACGCAAUCCCACCUCCUUCGCCGACGGCUACGGUCUCCCAAUCACCAACACAACCCAACCACCAUCCACUACCUCUUCCAAAUCUACAAAGCGCACAUCUACAUCCACAUCAUCACAAAUCAAACAACACGAAGACACAAAGAAAGCCCUCGUAGCAGCAAUCGCAGCGCGUAAUGUGCAAAAUGGAGUCUUAUUAGCGGUAUUUGGACUUGUGCUACGGGAUCGGAGGAGCUUGGGUGUCGCGGUUUUGGCGGGGUUGGUGGCGACGAUUGCGGAUACGGUCAUUGUGCAGGGGUAUGGGGUUAGGGAUAAGGUUCUGGGGCAUUAUGUGGGGAUUUUUAAUAGUUUGGCGAUUGGCGGGAGUUUAUUGUAUUGGAGGAGGAAUGAUCCGUUGUGGUGAGGGAUGUGAGUGUUGGGGGGGAGUUGAUGUGUUUGGCGCAUCAAGUCGGUGCGGGCGUGGUGAAAUGGGGGUUGUGAAUGGGGUGAAUGGAGAUUAGGACUGGUGCUUUGAGUUUGAUGGUUGAGGCUGUCAUACACAUCAGGCAAUUUCUUUGGUAUUCCAAGAUAUCUGCAAUAUGUGAACUGGUGUUUGUUUACCUCCGUAAACACCGUCCUUUUCAUAUCACGGUUUAAUCAGAGUUGUCCGUGUAUGUAUGACUUGUUGACUUUAAACAGCCAAAUAUAUCGAUGUGUGACUUUAGAGACACUUCUCAUCCUAUCAGAAUGGUGAACAUGAA